AGUCUCAACUCAAGACUCAGUCCAUCUUUCUGUCCCCAACUCGAAACCUUCGAAGUCCAUCGUUCACCAACAUCAACAUGCUUCCUCCUCCUCUCUGACUCCGUCACCACAAGCUCUCUUCCCAGAAUUCCCCCUUCCCUUCUCCCCAUCUCCAUACCCAAUAUAUUUAUUAAUAUUCAAAAGGCCUAAAAGUCAAGAAAAACGAAGAAGUUCGAGAAUUUCAGAGAGCUAGAGAGAUAGACCUGAUCGAUGGUUGGCAAUGGUAAACACAAGUGGAAGAUCUCGUUUCACCGCCCAAGCUCCAACUCCAAGAUGGAUCCCAAACAGCCCAGCAAGGAUUUCAUCUGCCCCGUUUCCGGGUCCCUCAUGUACGACCCCGUCGUCGUUUCUUCCGGUCAAACCUUCGAGCGAGUUUCCGUACAAGUCUGCCGGGAUAUUGGGUACUCACCGAUGCUCGAAGAUGGGUCUCGACCUGAUUUCACCACCGUGAUCCAGAAUUUGGCCAUCAGAUCCACCAUCCUCAACUGGUGCAGGAGUUCGGGUACGGAGCUCCCUCGUCCGCCGGAUUAUCGCUCCGUGGAGCGGAUUGUACGCGCGGCUAUGGCUGAGGAUGGGCAUUCGGGUUCCGAGUUUGGGGUUUCGGAUAGGGAGUUGCUCAAGGGCGUGGCGGAUAAACCGCCGGUUAUUUUCUCUCACGCGGCGACCGAGUUGGGUCACCGAGUCAACCACUUCUAUUCGACAUCUUCGGAAGAGCCGGUCACCAUCGCGGCGAGUCCGGCCACUCCUUUGCCUCUCACAACUCGGCCUGCGUGCUUCUCGUCCCCUUGUUCUUCAUCCGAAAUCGUGGAAAACGAAAGCCAAACUCUAAACCCUGAUUCUUCGACUCCCGAAGAGGAACAAUACCUCGCGAAGCUGAUGAGUCCCCAGGUGUUCGAGCAAGAAGAAGCUGUGGUUUCACUAAGAAAGCUCACAAGGAUCAGAGAGGAUCUCAGGGUUUCUCUCUGUAAUGCUCGUAUUCUCUCCGCCAUCCGACCGUUGAUCUCAUCCAAAUACGCCACCGUACAGACGAACGCCAUCGCUUUGUUGGUGAAUCUAUCUCUCGCGAAGCGAAACAAGGUCCAGAUCGUGAGGUCAGGAUUCGUCCCGCACCUAAUCGAUGUAUUGCGAGGCGGAGUCAGUGAAUCCCAGGAGCACGCGGCCGGUGCACUCUUCAGCUUAGCGUUGGAGGAAGAGAACCAGAUGGCAAUCGGUGUGAUGGGAGCUCUGGCGCCGUUAAUGUACGCGCUGAGGUCCGAGAAUGAGCGGACUCGGCAAGACUCGGCGCUGGCACUGUACCAUACGACCCUGAUACAGAGCAACCGGGUGAAGCUGGUGAAGCUAGGAGCCGUGCCGACGCUGCUGGCAAUGACGAGGGCGGCGAACUCAGCAAGCAGGGUGCUGUUGAUCUUAUGCAAUCUGGCGUUGUGCACGGAGGGGAAGUCGGCGAUGCUGGACGGGAACGCGGUGGAAUGCUUAGUGGGGCUGUUGAGAAAGGGAGAAGUGGAGUCGGAGGCGACUCGGGAGAACUGCGUGGCGGCAUUGUGGGCGCUGAGUCAGGGCAGCAUGAGGUUCAAGGGGCUGGCGAAGGAAGCGGGAGCAGGGGAGGUGUUGAGGGAGAUAGUGGAGAGGGGGGGCGAGAGGGCGAGAGAGAAAGCCAAGAGGAUAUUGCAGAUGUUGAGAGGGAGAGAGGAUGAGGAGGAGGCGGAAGACUUUGACGGAAUCUUAGACUCCGGAGUCGGGGUUAGUCGGAGCCGCCACCGAGUAGCCGGUACGAGGAGCUUGUACGGUCCUAACUCCACGACCUUUUGAUUUUUGUUAUUUUUUUAUUGGAUAUUUUUGUCCUUUUAUUUUCACGCUGUAAAAGUAAUUCUUUUUUUGUUUAUAAAAGAAUAAGCUCAUUGGU